UUUAUAUAUACUGUAUUUGGGCGCUGAAUAUUGCAUCAAUAGCACGGGUCUGAUGGAUUUGUUGUGUGUUUGCAGCGAGAACAAAAAUGUGUCUCGGUUUCCGCCAGCUGGCUCGGCUACAAUUAUGCAGCGCAUUUUGUGCCUAGUGAAACUUAUUAAUUCUUGAGCGCUCAAAAAAAUCCGGCCUGGAUAGUUACUUUGUGCGUAGGGCAUUAUGUUUAUGAAGAAACAGAAAUUAAUAUAUGGUUACGGAUGGCUUAGCGUUUGUGUCGCUAAUGGCAUAUUAUUGCGCAGUGAAAGGAUGUGGGAACACAAGGUUUAUAACGAAAAGUAACCCGGACAUUGUGUACCAUACUUUUCCCAGAGGCGCAGACAGAUUACGUAGAUGGAUAGUUUCCUGUGGCCAAUCCGAGAAUUGGAAACCGCAGAAGAACCAAGGCAUUUGCUCCCGUCAUUUCGAUAGAAACAGCUACGGUGAACAGUAUAAAAAAAGCCACCAACUUAUUGGCACUAGGAAAUGUAGGAUGUUACUUCCUGAUGCUAUUCUCACGAUGCAACUUUCGAACUUGUUGACUGAAACCACUGCAUCUUUCCCAAAUAAUAUGAACAUUGAAGAUGAAAAAAAUUCGCUGCCUGAACCUUCCCCCUUGAAUAAAAUCGGCGGGCAAACCAUGAUGAAUUGAUGGUGUUCCGGGAGUGGGAGAGAGAGGAAGGAACGGGAAUGAGAAAUAAUGGAGAGAGGAGAGUAGACGGAAAAAGGAAGAAGGACCAAGGUUUCGUGGAAGGAAACGUUAAAGGCCUCGGCCACUUUAGCUGGAGUCUGGAAACGACGAGCAACUAUACGAAGGUGGUGAAGUUAACGCUGUUAAAAAGUUGAUAUUCAAAGUGAGUGUUAUACUCCUGGGCGUGUGACAAUGAAAACAAGGACGUUCCGGUUCACGCCACGCUGUUUCCAAGCGUGCCCCCGGAUUAGGAAACCUCCUGCCGCCCGUGCGCGAAUUAAGUGCUGCAGCGAUAACGUGCACCCGUGGCCGAGUGGUUAGCGUCUCACAUUAUCAUGCCGGGUGUUCGGGUUCGAUUCCCGUUCUGGCCGGGGGAUUUUUCGUCAAAGAAAUUUCCUUCGACUUGCACUGUGGUCAUGCGUAUUCAAGAGCUUGCCCCUCGGAAUACAUUCAAGGCGUGUUAUUUGGCUUAAGAAAUCUCGACCAAGUAUUAUUAAAUGACGCUAGUUAAUGCAUACGUUGAGACGGCAAAAGUUCCACAAGGGAACGUUAACGCCAUUCAAGAAGAAGAAGAAGCGAUAACGAUUUCUGCCAUACAACCGUACAAGCAGUACAAACCAUCCGUACUAUAAACUUAUGAAAAGUAUACUAUAAACAUUAUAAUAAUAUGAUUUUAAUUUUAUUAUUUUUUUACAUAUCCCAUAGUUACCUAAAUAGGAACAUAUUCCAUCAAAUUCCUUUCGAAAAUCAUAUUUGAUUUGAACGAGAAAAGUGUCACCCAUAUCUGGGUGACGGGACGACGAACGUGUUAAUGCGACAUACAUGUCAAGGCAACAGUCAGUGUCGCAUUGGAGGCGAUUUUGACCUGUAAUUGGACAUUUUCGGUGAGAGUGGUACAGUGUCGACGUCUGGUUGCGACUUCCAAUGUGGAGCCAUAAUUUGAGCCCCGAACUCGAUGUUUCCAAAAAUGCCCAAUUAGAGGUAAAAAUGUCCAUUUAAACGUGUAAUGCGGGUCUGUCCAAUUAGCAAAAUGCCGUAUUAAAUGUAAAUUACUGUAUUUCCGAGGCAUUGGAAUAUGUUAAAAAGACGGGUGGGUAAUGUCGGGGACAUAACCGGAGAGGCGUAGGACUAAACCAAGGCCAUUCUAUAGCGGCGGUCAAAUUGGAUUUUUAUUAUAUUGACAUCAGAGAUAAAGGUGUGUUCCAAACUUCAGAUCAGCUAGUCAGAAGGAACGGUGAGAAAUUUCUAUUAAUGCGGGACAACUCUACAGACAUACUAACAGGUCAAGUUGAAUGAAACCGUUCAGAAAAGUAGUUGAUUAUUUUGUUUCUGUUGACGCCAUUUUCUGGUGGCGGCCAUUUUUUUCGAGCAUUACGGACGGAUUUUGGUCGUCAUGGACGGCCUACAGAGCACACAAUCGCUAAUGCAGUGCGUAAAUUCGAACAAACUGGACCCGUAGCGGAUAUUGUGAAACCUUUGCAUCAUCGUAAUGUGCGUUCGGCCGAAAAUAUUGCUGCUGUUGCUGCCAGUGUGGAGGAUGACCCGAAUGUUUCGAUUCCACGGCGUGCUCAGCAAUUGGGCUUGUCAAACACAUUAUUGUGGCGAAUUUUGCAUUUGGACCUGCAUCUACAUCCAUAUAAAGUCCAACUGGUACAAAAAUUAGAGCGUGGUGACCAUGGAAUGCGUCGGGCAUACGUCGAUUGGGUGAACGAACAAUAGCAGCAAAAUGCUGAAUUUUCGCAUCAAAUUUUCUUCAGCGAUGAGGCACAUUUCAAGCUCGGUGGCUAUGUGAACACCCAAAAUUUCCGUAUAUGGGGCUCAGAAAAUCCACACGUGAUUGUUGAGAGGCCAUUGCAUCCGCCAAAAGUCACUGUUUGGUGCGCAUUAUGGUCUGGUGGAGUCAUCGGGCCGUAUUUCUUUGAAAAUGAGGACGGCGAGACGGUAACUGUGAAUGGUGAGCGCUAUGGCCGCAUGUUAACCGAUUUUUUUGCCACAAAUUGAAGAUAUGGAUACGGAUGACAUGUGGUUUCAGCAGGACGGCGCCACUUGCCACACAACACGACCGAACAUGGCCAUAUUGCGAACGAAAUUUGAGGGACGCAUAAUUUCCCGUUUUGAUGAUGCCAAUUGGCCGUCUAGAUCAUGCGAUUUGAACCCGCUAGACUUUUUUUUGUGGGGUUAUGCGAAAGACCGUGUCUAUGCCAACUCUCCGCAAACUCUUGAACAUUUGAAAGACAACAUUCGUGAAGUUAUGACCGAGAUACCACUCCAUAUGUGCCGAAAAGUCAUCGAAAAUUACCUGUUCCGGAUCAAGGUGUGCGAGGAAGCCCUAGGUGGACAUCUGAAUGAUGUUGUAUUUCACACAAAA